UACUUAAAAAAAAAUUAAAAAAAAUGGAUGAUUUGACUGACGUAGUACUAUAAAAUAGAGUAAAUCAUUUAUUUUAAUUAUUUAUUGGCAAGUUGUUGUGGGCGCGUGAGACACAAUCCCCAAACUGCAUAAACCAUGGCGCAGUCAAAUUGAAGGUUUCUCUGGUAUUUUUGUUUUCACCUGCUCAUUGAUUGAUUGAUUGAUUUUUGAUUGGCGUACAAAGGAGCGAAUUGUUUAAUUAGGGCGAGACAAAGAUGGGGUUUUUACUUGAUUGGGGCUUUUAUGGAUUCCGCGUCGGAGUCAUUUGACGACAGUUGGGUUUUAUCGAGAAUUGCGUGUUGUUCACCUCAUCAUAGAUACUGUCUGCGCUAUAUAUAAAGGUUUACUUAUCUAAAAUUGGAUUGCUUUAGAUUCCAAAUUGUGAAUUUUGGGUUGAUCAACCUGUUCGAUCUGCCGCCCCUUGUUAGUAGGCUGUUGAAGUAAUUUGAGUUGCUGAUUGUUGAGCCAUCUAGGGUUCUACUAAGACUUUGUGAGGUCAACUUGUUGAGUUAAAGGUUUUGUACUGUUGUUUGGAUCAGAAGCAUUUUGUUGAGGGAAAUUUGGUAGCUGGAAUUGGAUAUGAGGGUCGUGACCGAAUGAUUGUGGAAAUGAGUGGGAUAGAAGGUGUCGUUUGUCGAUGGAUAGGACAUCCCUUGAUCUGUUAGGGUUGCUGAAAUCGUGGAUCCCUAAGCGGGAUUCUUCUGUGGAAGUGUCGCGGGAUUUUUGGAUGCCCGAUCAGAGUUGUAGGGUGUGUUAUGAGUGUGAUUCUUUGUUCACGUUGUUUAACCGUAGGCAUCAUUGUAGACUUUGUGGACGUGUUUUCUGUGCAAAGUGCACAUCUAAUUCUGUUCCUGUACCACCUCGCGAACCAGGGUUACUGAAAGAGGAGUGUGAAAAGGUCAGGGUCUGUCAUUUCUGUUUCAAGCAAUGGCAGCAAAGUUUGAAUCAUGCUAUUCAGGUCUCUAACCUGGAUUCCAAUAGUUUCCUUUCCGCGGCUAGUUUUAUCAGCAGCAAAUCUAGUGGAACUGGUGACAGUGCUAGCAUUUCCAUUACUUCAGUACCACACUCUUCUGUACUUAGUCCACUCCAAUCACCAGUAAUGGAAUCUUCUUUGGUCAGUCAAAAUAGUGUUGCCACAGCAAGAGGGAGCACUGAUCCUGCUGAUACAAGGGUUGGGGACCUGUCGACAAACCAGUUUUCAUUUUGCACAACUAGGAGUUAUGACGAAGAUGAUGAGUAUGGUGUUUACCAGUUAGAUUCCCAAGGAAAACAUUAUUCUAAGACUAAUGGAUACUUUAGUUAUGUUGACUAUGAUGACAUUGAUAAGGACUACGGAUCACAUAAAGUUCAUCCUAAUGGGGAAGCUACUGAUGAAAAAAGUCUGAGCAGGUUGUCCUCGCAAAAUAAUUUUGAUCCCCAAGCUUCUGAAGAAGUACAGCAGAUUGUAAAACAGGAUAUUGGUGAUGAAAGUGAAGCUUCAUCAUCCCUAUAUGCUGCACAAGAUGCUAAUCUGGAACCUGUGGAUUUUGAAAGCAGUGGAGUUCUGUGGCUCCCACCUGAACCAGAAGAUGAAGAAGAUGAACGGGAAGGACUGCUGUUUGAUGAUGAUGAUGGAGAUGCUGCAGGAGAGUGGGGAUAUUUACAUGCGUCAAGCAGUUUUGGAAGUGGUGAGCAUAGAGGUAGGGACAGGUCAAAUGAGGAGCAAAAGAAGGUAGUUAAGAAUGUUGUUGAUGGCCACUUCAGGGCUUUAGUAUCUCAGCUUAUGCAGGUUGAGAAACUUGUCAUUGGUGAGGAAGACGACAAAGAGAGUUGGUUGGAGAUAGUUACAUCCCUAUCGUGGGAAGCUGCAACACUUUUGAAGCCAGACACUAGCAAAGGUGGGGGAAUGGACCCUGGGGGAUAUGUGAAGGUGAAAUGCAUUGCAUCUGGGCGUCGUAGUGACAGUGCUGUGGUGAAAGGAGUUGUCUGCAAGAAAAAUGUAGCUCAUCGGCGAAUGACAUCAAAAAUAGAUAAAGCCCGCAUAUUAAUCCUUGAAGGUGCUCUCGAGUACCAGCGUGUCUCUAACCACUUAUCAAGUUUCGAUACAUUGUUGCAGCAGGAAAUGGAUCAUCUGAAGAUGGCUGUUGCCAAAAUUGAUGCACACAAUCCAGAUGUCCUUCUGGUGGAAAAAUCUGUUUCUCGCUAUGCACAGGAGUACCUCUUGGAAAAAGACAUAUCACUUGUCUUAAAUAUCAAAAAGCCAGUCUUGGAGCGUAUAGCUCGCUGCACUGGUGGUCAAAUAGUUCAUUCAGUAGAUCAUCUAUCAUCUCAAAAGAUGGGAUACUGUGAUAUGUUUCAUGUUCAGAAGUUUUUGGAAGAACAUGGUACAGCUGGAGAGAUUGGAAAGAAGCUGGUAAAGACACUGAUGUACUUUGAAGGCUGUCCAAAGCCACUGGGAUGCACCAUAUUACUCCGUGGUGCAAAUGGGGAUGAAUUGAAGAAAGUGAAGCGUGUGGUUCAAUAUUCUAUUUUUGCGGCUUAUCAUUUGGCUUUAGAAACAUCAUUUCUUGCUGAUGAAGGAGCCUCUCUUCCUGAACUUCCUUUUAAUUCUCCGAUAACGGUGGCACUUCCGGAUACACCAUCAACAAUCGACAGAUCCAUCUCAACUAUACCUGGUUUUACGAUUCCUGCCAGUGAAAAAACUCAAGGCCCCCUAUCUGGUAGUGAGCCACAAAGGUCAAUGAGUGCUCCGCCAACCGACAUGGUCAAGGCUGCCAGCAUUUGUGCUCAGAAAAUGGGUGUGUCAGAGUCUCCUGGCUUGUGUGCUGCUAAAAAUACCAUGUCUUCCUUCUGCAAGCCCUUUCUUGAUCAUGAAUCCGACAAAGGUAUUACAGAUAUGAUGAAGUGCUAUGUGGCAAAGGCAUCAGUAGCCAACGAUGUAGAAGAUGCUCAAGGAUACAAGUUCCUUUCUACUAAUUUUGGUCCUUCACAGGAUGUUGAUCAAGGCAUGCUGUCACAGAGUGUUCCAAAUGAAUGCAAUGCUAUGGAUGUGAAUCAAAGUCAUUUGCAACUAGAUGGGAAAGACAUUCCUGAUGAAUUGACUUCUUCCAAGGAAGAGUUCCCUCCAUCUCCAUCUCCAUCUCCAUCUCCAUCUCCAUCUGACAAUCAAAGCAUUUUGGUUUCCUUGUCGUCCCGAUGUGUUUGGAAGGGAACUGUCUGUGAAAGGUCUCAUCUCUUUCGGAUUAAAUAUUAUGGGAACUUCGAUAAGCCAUUGGGUCGUUUUCUUCGGGACCAUUUGUUUGAUCAAAGUUACAGGUGCCGUUCAUGUGAGAUGCCUUCGGAAGCUCAUGUUCAGUGUUAUACUCACCGACAGGGUACUCUAACUAUUUCUGUUAAGAAGCUGCUGGAAAUUCUUUUGCCUGGUGAAAAGGAAGGAAAAAUAUGGAUGUGGCACAGAUGCCUUAAAUGUCCACGUGAUAAUAAGGGCUUCCCUCCGGCAACUCGAAGAGUAGUGAUGUCUGAUGCUGCUUGGGGCUUGUCCUUUGGGAAGUUUCUGGAACUUAGUUUUUCAAACCAUGCAGCAGCAAGUAGGGUGGCAAGCUGUGGUCAUUCUUUACAUAGAGAUUGUCUUCGGUUUUAUGGCUAUGGGAAAAUGGUUGCUUGCUUUCGCUAUGCAUCCAUUGAUGUUCACUCAGUAUACCUUCCUCCCUCAAAACUGGAUUUCAACUAUGAUAAUCAGGAAUGGAUACAACAUGAAGUGAAUGAGGUCAUUUUCCGAGCUGAACUUUUGUUCUCUGAGGUUCUGAAUGCUAUUCGGCUUUUGGUAGAGAAGAAAUCUGGGAGACAACUUAACAGCAGCAUUAAUGUACCUGAAGCAAGACGUCGGAUUUCUGAUUUGGAAGGGUUGUUGCAGAAGGAGAAAGAAGAAUUUGAGCAGGAAUCUCUUCAGAGAAUGCUUUCGAAGGAAGUGAAAAAGGGUCAAUCUGUUGAUAUUUUGGAGAUCAAUCGACUGAGAAGACAGCUCCUUUUUCAAUCUUAUGUUUGGGACCACCGUCUAGUAUAUGCAGCCAGUAUGGAUGACAAGGCUCAUUGGAUUAAUGGAGAUGUCAUCUCUCUGGAACCUGAGAAACCAUUGGUUUGUAGUGAUAAGUCCACUGAUCUAGAUAAUUGUUCUGAUCCCAGCAAAGGACUUAAUAGCUCUGAAUCUCUUUCUGCAAUUUUAAAGGCUGGUGAAAAUGGGGAUGACGCAAAAAGUGUUAGCCAAUUCAGUCAUGUGGAUGCUGUUCAUCAAGAAUCUGUAAUUGGUUUUGAUGCUGAUUGUGCAAUCGAAAAACCACCUGGUCAUCCUGUUUCAACAAAAAGUUUCUGCGGAUCACAUCCCGAAGAAUCCAUAUUACAGGGGCGAAGAGCACUAUCCGAUGGGCAGUUCCCAAACAUGGAGAGUUUGUCAGAUACUCUUGACGCUGCUUGGACUGGUGAAACAACUUCCGGUGUUGGAGUUAUUAAGGGUGGUACCUGCAAAACUUCUGAGCCACUUCUGGUGGAUACGUUGACUACUGGAAUGGCAGAAAAAGUGUAUACCAAUGACCAUGGGGUGGAUGAACACAGUGGGACAAAGGUGUCUCAGUCUCUUCCUCUGUUAUCCUCUAAAGGCUCUGAAAACAUGGAAGAUGCUAGAAGCUGGUUAGGUAUGCCUUUUAUUAGCUUCUAUCGGACGCUGAACAAAAACUUCUUACCAAGUGCUCAGAAAUUGGAUCCACUUGGGGCAUAUAAUCCAGUAUACAUUUCAUCAUUUCGGGAGUCAGAUGCCCAAAGUGGAGCAAGAUUGCUCCUACCUGUUGGGGUUAACGAUACUGUUAUACCAGUGUAUGAUGAUGAGCCCACUAGUAUUAUAUCUUAUGCCCUAGUAUCUCAUGAUUAUCAUUCCCAAUUAUCUGAUGAGCUUGAGAAAUCUAAGGAUGCUACUUUGGACUCUAGCUUUUCUUUCCAGUCACUAGAUUCCAGUAAUCUGCAGUCCCCUCAAUCAAUUGAUGAAAUGGUUUUAGAAUCCUACAAAAGUCUUGGAUCUAUGGAUGAGAGUCUCUUGUCCUUGUCCGUUUCUCGCAGCUCUUUUGAUUUGGAUCCACUCUCAUAUGCAAAGACAUUGCAUGCCAGGGUUUCUUUUGCAGAUGAUGGAUCGCUAGGGAAAGUGAAGUACUCAGUGACUUGUUAUUAUGCAAAGCGCUUUGAAGCCUUGAGGCGGAUAUGUUGUCCUUCAGAGAUGGAUUUCAUAAGAUCUCUUAGCCGCUGUAAGAAGUGGGGAGCCCAAGGAGGCAAGAGCAACGUUUUCUUUGCUAAAACCUUGGAUGACCGAUUUAUUAUCAAGCAAGUGACAAAGACAGAGCUGGAAUCAUUUAUGAAAUUUGCUCCUGCAUAUUUCAAAUAUCUUUCUGAAUCAAUAAUCUCGGGGAGUCCAACUUGCUUGGCAAAAAUUCUGGGGAUCUAUCAGGUGUCGUCAAAGCAUCUUAAAGGAGGAAAGGAAUCUAAAAUGGAUGUGCUAGUUAUGGAGAACCUUCUAUUUGGGAGGAACCUGACUAGGCUUUAUGACCUGAAAGGUUCUGCGAGGUCUCGUUACAAUCCUGAUUCCAGUGGAAGCAACAAAGUCUUGCUGGAUCAGAACUUGAUUGAAUCAAUGCCAACUUCACCUAUUUUUGUUGGAAACAAAGCAAAAAGACUUUUGGAGCGAGCUGUAUGGAAUGACACUGCUUUUCUUGCUUUAGUUGAUGUGAUGGAUUACUCACUAUUGGUUGGGGUUGAUGAAGAGAAGAAUGAGCUUGUACUUGGGAUUAUUGACUUCAUGAGACAAUAUACGUGGGAUAAGCACCUGGAGACUUGGGUUAAGGCCUCUGGGAUCCUUGGUGGACCCAAAAAUGCAUCGCCGACUAUAAUCUCACCUAAGCAGUACAAAAAGAGAUUCCGGAAGGCCAUGACGACCUAUUUUCUGAUGGUCCCUGAUCAGUGGUCACCACCGUCUGUUGUUCCCAGUAAAUCGCAGACUAAUUUAUGCGAUGAGAACAUGCAAGGUGGAUGAUCUGCUGGGUGAUUCUGUAAAUCUGUUUGUCUGUAUAUUGAGCCACAUAAUUGGGUUUCUUGCAUUCGGUAUCCCAGGUUCAUACAUCUCCCCUAUAUUUGAUUCCCAUUCUUUUGGAACACAGUUCCAGUUGUGUUCUCCCUAAAUGGGAGAACACUCGAUUUCUUGUCCGGACACUGUUGAGGCUUGUAUUUCGUUGAAAGUCUCUGCUGCUUAGAAUUCAGGUGCCCCUCCGUGGAAAUAUUUUGUACAUCUCUUUGGUUUCGUUAUGUUUAUUUUCCCCUUUUCUAGUGUAAAAUACAAGGUAUACAUGAGUUCCAAAGGAUCAGUGUCAAUUUUAUAGAAUGCAUGAUUUUGGAGCA